AUUUAUAUCAUACGGUCAUUUUUGGGGAGCUUUCGGUAGUUUAUUUGUAGACUGCACUCAUUUGGAGCUGCGUUUCUGUGGCACUGUAGCAUCUCAUAACCUCGGCACAACAUAGACUGCGUGGUCAUUAUCCGUUCUAUCCGUUCAGCUUCCAGGAAUACGCGAGAUUGUGGUAUCAAAGCACCGUAAAGAAAUCAGAGAAACGAAGCCAACGAAGCGACGAGUGGACGCCAUGUUUGGUCACAUGACGUGCGGACGUUUGGCUGGUUUGGUGUGUGGUACGGUGUGAGGUUUUUGGGCUCGCCUGCAGUGAUCUCGGACGCAAGGAAAUUUUGUGAGGGCAGCAGAUGCACCUCUUGCCAAAUUUGCGACUACGUGAGCAUUAUGCACGAGUGAAACGCUGUCUCGGAUCCUCUUGGUCGAUACCCAAGGCAGGCCUGUGACAGUACCGGUCCCUGCGGAACUUCUGUUGGGGCAAGGUGAAGGACCUUCCCCGCAGGAAGCGCCCGUGUUGACCAGGCAGUCCUUUUGUUUCGUGCCCUCACGGCUCGUCAUCAUCCAAAGAGGAAGGCAAUGCGUUGGAAACCGCGACGGUGGCAGCCUCGUUUGUGCCUAGGAUUAUGGCAGGCAGUAGGGGCCAUGGAAUAAGUGUGUUUGAUGGCAAAUCUGUAAAACUGGCGGCCUUGAGCGCGCGAGAGAAGGUAGCGAUGUCCGAGUACCAAUGGGCUUACUCAUUGGUGGACUCGUCUCGCGUCUCGACCUUCCUCAUUUCCAUCUUGCUCAUUGUAUAUGGCAGCUUCAGGUCCUUGAACAUGGAACAAGAAGCAAAACAAAAAGAGAAAGACCACAAUGGUCAGGCUGUGGACAACAAUGUGCAGACACUGGAUACAGUGCAGGCACUGUGCCUUCCACUGGGGGCCUCCAUAUCACUGCUCAUCAUGUUCUUCUUCUUUGAUUCGAUGCAGAUGCUCUUUGCCAUCUGCACUGCAAUAAUAGCCACCAUAGCAUUGGCGUUCUUGCUGCUUCCCAUGUGUCAGUACCUCAUACGACCUUGUUCCACCGGCAACAAGAUCUCGUUUGGUAUGUGCGGGCGGUUUACUGCGGCCGAGCUUGUGUCCUUCUCCCUCUCCGUGACGAUUGUCUGCAUCUGGGUGGUAACUGGACACUGGUUGCUGAUGGAUGCCAUGGGUAUGGGGCUCUGUGUCGCAUUCAUAGCGUUCGUCCGCCUUCCAAGCCUCAAGGUAUCAACGCUCUUGCUCACGGGGCUCCUUGUGUACGACGUAUUCUGGGUGUUCUUUUCGUCGUACAUCUUCAACGCUAAUGUGAUGGUGAAGGUUGCAACAAGGCCAGCAGACAACCCCGUCGGUAUGGUAGCAAAAAAGCUACAUUUGGGAAGCAUGGUACGAGAAGCCCCCAAACUCUCUCUGCCAGGAAAGCUGGUUUUUCCAAGCGUUCACAACAGUGGCCAUUUUUCUAUGCUGGGGCUCGGAGACAUUGUAAUCCCUGGUCUCCUUUUGUGCUUCGUGCUUCGAUAUGACGCCUAUAAGAAAGCGCAGCUCUGCUCGGCGGAGACUGGAUUGCCACCCCCCAACCACUUGAACAAGAUCUCUUACUUCCAUUGCUCCCUCAUUGGGUAUUUCCUUGGGCUGCUAACGGCGACUGUGUCUUCAGAAGUGUUCAAGGCAGCACAGCCUGCUCUGCUCUACCUGGUGCCCUUCACACUGCUGCCUCUGCUUACCAUGGCUUACCUAAAGGGUGACCUGAGGCGCAUGUGGAGCGAGCCGUUCAGCGUCGCUUUGCCUUCGAAACACCAGGACGUCUGACGCUUACGUGGGCCAGCACAGCUGCCGUAUCACAAGGCUGUGUCACAACUGUGUACAUACGGGCUUGAAACAUUCCGAGUGAAAACAGGCAGCUGUGUGAAAUGCAUUUGUUGACUGACAGCGUGUGUGGUUAAUCGACGGAAGACUCUGUUGGCCAUGGGGUUGGUGAGCACUGCAGUGUCAAGGGACAAGUUUAGGGCCUGUCUUCCCUGACUGUUUUUAAUUGAUCGAGGUACUUUUCGUGGGGCGUUAACUUAUUGGGGUGCUGAACUCAUCUGUGCCAACAGUGUGGGGCACAUCAUCAUUGACUCAUUUUGCACUUCAGAUGUACUUAGACAGCAAGGUUGCCCGUUGGGGUGAAGCAAACCAUUCCUCACAAACUGCAUACCAUAACUACAACACUUGUGUGCCCCAGCCCAUAGGCUGCCAAAGGUACAGAAGUGCUUGCUUAUUGCAGGCCAUUACUUUCAUUUUGUGGUGCAUCAGUUAUUUUGUGGUAUUUAAUGAGACCUGUGGCAGCCCCCUUUUAGUGAUAUAUUCACAUGCAGAGGAGUAUUAAACUUUGUGUGAUGGA